UAAUUAUCAUUUCAAACACAUAUCUACGAGUUAUCAUGGAGGUUUAUCAUACUACAUCACAGUUUGGUAUCAAACAGGUCGAAGUUAGUGGUAUUUGAUUCGUGGUCGCAUAAUCUUUCUUGUAAAAUUGAUAAACAAUGCCAGAAAACGUGCUAAAUGGAGAUCAUGUUGAUGUGAAGAAUGUUAACUGUGAAACUCAAGAAAAUGAUGAAGAAACUAACGAAGUAGACGUACAUUUUGAACCAAUAAUUUCUUUGCCAUUAAUAGAAGUAUCUAAUAAUGAAGAAGAUGAAGUUGAAAUGAUAAAAAUGAGAGCAAAAUUAUAUCGUUAUGAUUCUUCUAAUAAUCCAGCAGAGUGGAAAGAACGUGGUACUGGAGAGGUGAAGUUAUUAAGACAUAAAACAAAAAAUACAGUAAGAGUUGUAAUGCGUAGAGAUAAAACACUUAAAAUUUGUGCUAAUCAUUUUGUAACUCCUUGGAUGGAAUUGAAACCCAAUUGUGGUAGUGAUAGAGCAUGGGUAUGGAGUGUACUUGCUGACUAUGCAGAUGAACAACUUAAGCCAGAAUUACUUGCUAUAAGAUUUGCAAAUGCAGAAAAUGCAACUGUUUGGAAAGAAGCUUUUGAGAAGGCAAAGAAGAUAGUGGGCUCUGAGUGUGAAAUAUAUGCUGGCAAAAAUAACACUGAAGAAAAACAUGUUGAGAGUGAUAGUGAACCUUCUAGUGAUGUAAGUUAUAGUGAAAGUACUGAUAAUGAAGAACAAGCUAACAAAUUGACAGAAGGAGAUUUAAAAGUUGAGAGUAAUGAAACUGAAAAAGUGGAACCCUCUGAAAAACAAAUAAAAGAUGGGGAAACUAUGGAAAAAGUAGCUAAAGAACUUGAACAAUUGCAAGUUAAGGGUGUGGAGGAAAAGAAGUAAAAAUCUAUAUCUCUAUGAAUUAGAAAUGCUAACUAUAAGUGCACAUUCCAAUAUAAACAUACAUGCAUGCAUAUGCUUAAAUAUUUGAUCAUUGAAUUUAAUGUAGGAAAAUAUUUUAACAACGACGUUAAUAGACAGGUUGAACAAAUUUUCAAUUUAUAAAUAAGACGAUAUUUAUACGAUCGUUAUAUGUUAUAAGUGAUUUCUUAAUGAAGGAUAUUUUAGCAUUUAUACUAUGAUGAACAAAUUGACAUAUGUUAAAUUCAUCAGAAAUAAGAAAUUAAAAAGUAGGACAACUAUUUAAUCUUGAAUAUGCGAGAAUUUAUAUAAUUUGAAAUGUUAUUCAAUUUUUAAAAAUACUACUUAUAUGUUUUUAUAUAUUUUGGUGUGUAAUAAUAUUAAAAUUUUAGUAUUUAUGGGAACAUUAUUUCUAAAAAAAUUUGGAACUGAUCUUUUAAAUAUUUUAUUUCUUUUAAACGUUUUCUUCAAUCUUUUCACAUUUAUAUAAAUUGCAGUCUGAAAUAUUGGAAUGUAUGCAGUACAGACUAAUACCUGUAUCGUUUUAAGUUAUAAAAAAUGAGCUGUAAGAUAUUGGACUUAAAACGAUCAGUGGAUAUUUGAUUUUAAUAUGACACUAUUUUUACAAAAGUAUACAUAACAAAAUUUAUAAUACUGUACGAUGGUAAUUUUUCAUAAUUCGUCUCUGUAUAAGAAAGAAUGGAGGAUAUUACGUUUUUCUUCCA